AUGCUUUCCUACUUUCGAUUAUUUCUUAUAAAUUCUAAUAAAGAAAAAAGAUUACCAAAUUUAAUAAGAAAUUCAACAAGUGAUGCCACUCAUCUUGAUCCGUGUACAGGUUGUGAAAUGCCUUGUAGAAAACAUGUUUCUUAUCCACAAGAAAUACUUAAAAAGAUUGAUCAAACUAAUAUGAGUAAUUCAGUUGAAAAACAUCAUCGUCAUUUAUGUAUUGGUCAAUCAAUUCAACCAUCGCAAUGGCCAAAAGAUGUUAAAGAUUUACAAGGAAAUUAUAUUAAAGAAUUAAAUAAAGUUCUACUAGAAAAUAAAGAUGCUAUUGGCUAUCCAAUUAAAUUAACAUCAGCAUCGAUAGAUUCAAAAAUUCAUUCAGAACAAACAGCUGACUGGUAUUUAUUUCCAGAUCAAAUUAAACUAAAAAAUGUUCAUGUAAAUCAAAUAAAAGAUUUGGUUCAAAAAAUAUUUGUUAACGAUCAAUCGAUUGUUAAAAUAAAAGAUAAAACAAAAUCUAUUGAAGAACAACUCCAACAAAAUUCGGAUUUAUCUGUUUCUUAUGAUAAUAUUAAAUUUGAAAGGCUACAUGGCCUGUGGAUACUUGUUUGUUGUCAUUAUCAACGUGAUCAACGAUGCGGUGUCAUUGGACCAAUUUUAGUUGGCGAAAUAGAAAAAUUUGUUCGUGCAACAAAUCGCACUGAUGAUGUUACUUGCUUGAAAAUAAGUCAUGUCGGCGGGCAUAAAUUUGCUGGCAAUGUAAUUAUUUAUCCAUCGGGUGUAUGGUACGGUCGAGUGUUGACAUGUCAUAUUCCACUAAUAAUUAAUGCUUAUGCAUCAUCGUCAAGCGAUUUAAAAGACAAAUUAAAGCCUCUUUUGCGUGGACAUUUACAAACUGUAUCGUAG